AUGUUGCAGGUGAAGCAACACCGGGAAGCGUUGUUGAGGCUUCUGGAACCUGGGACUACAGAUGAGUCGCUUAGAGCUGACAUGAUUAUGCAUCACGCAGCUCAUGGGCCAAGGAUACAAGACAGCGACAUGGAUGGACUUGACGAAGAUGCUGCCCAGCGCCUGCGUGCCUUGCAGAUCUUGCAGAGCACCUUGGGGCAGACUGUUGGCUCUUCAAGCCCCCCGACUUCACCAGAGAUGUCCCCCGACAUUUCAAGUCCAAGGUCAGAUCACGCAAUAGCUCUGCAUGAAUUGCGAAUACACCUACCAAGGCUGCCACCCAUCCGGCUCUUGGAGGCCGCUGACAGCAAUGAAGCUACUCGAAGCUUCCAGAAGCAGGGCGAGAAUGACCCUUUUGGCUCGAAGGCCUGGCCAUCUGCAUAUUUGGUGGCAGAGAGGCUACUUCCUGAAGUCUGCGGACGUUCGGUCUUGGAGCUUGGCUGUGGCACUGGCCUUGUGUCUAUAGCAGCUCAAGUUGGUGGGGCCAAGAGUGUUCUUGCAACUGACCGUGCAAGACAGAACCUUGAUUGUGCACAAAAAUCUGCAAAGCUAAACGGCAUUGAGUUGGAUGUGGAGGUUUUCGAUGUGACUUCAGACUUACCGCUUCCUUGCAAGAAGUUCAAGGCCUUCGACUUUGUGGUCUUUUCUGAUGUUUUGUAUUGGCCAGCAGAGGCUAAGGCCUUCGCUCGUCGGGCAGCUGAAGCGUACUGUGCUGGGUCCACGGUGAUUGUGGCAGAUCCUGGGCGCCGACGGGAGGACUUCUUGGGUACGUUGCAGAUGGAACUGGAGUCACACAUGGACCCAGAGUCAGUUCCGAGGAUACUGCCGCAGCCAACGAAAUUUCCAGAUCAUGUCUUUGAUUGGGUUUCAAAGGAGGUCCAAACAGCAUCUUCUCUCUUUUGCCAGGAACCAUUCAUUUUGACUUUGAGACCAACAACAUCUGAUGUGAUGAAAGGUGGCUUCGAAAUUGUGGACUGA